UUGACGUAAGACGUUUUGAUAAAUAUUUCGAUUUUCGUGAAAUCUACGUACUUAUAUUAUAUAUAUUUGAUAUUUCUAUUUCUGCUUUAUUUGUACGUAUGAGCACAAAUUAUUGUUUAAAACGUAAAAUUUAUUUAAUGAUAGAUUUAUAAUUAUUUUCCGAUACGAAUGAGUUUUGUGGAAGUAUCCUAAUUUCAGCUAUAAUGGAAAAAAUUCCAGACAAACUUGGCUAUUUGAUAUUAACAGAGGACGGAGCGGUACUUGAAUCUGGCGGCGAACUUGAAAACGACGAACGUGUUGCUACGAUUGUUACAGAUCUUAUCAGUUUAUCAAAUAGUGUGGAUCCCAUAGCUUUUGGACCAAAUGAACCAUUCAAGAAAAUAUCCAUAGCAUAUGAAGAUCAUUGGUUUGUGAUAUGCUUGUCUAAUAAGAAGAUACAUGUGGUAAAGCGCAGUAUACAAGCACCUGCUUCUGAAGGAAUUGCUGUUAAUGUAUAAGUGAACAUUAUAAUAAUUCAAAAAUGGGGCG